CUCGUUUCCGCCAUCGUCAUGUCCGCCAUAACCACUCAAGCUGUUGCAGAAACACUGGGCGCUGUGCAAAUCGGUGUUCUCUUCAGCACAUUCCUUUUCGGGAUUCUGUUUAUGCAAUGGGUGGCAUACUUUACUAGCAAGUUUAACGACGGUUGGACCAUCCGUGGACUUGUCUUCUGGGUUAUGCUCCUUGAUAUCGUUCACGUCGCCAUAUCUUGGGAGUAUCUCUGGAUGUAUACUGUUGCUAACUUCGGGGAUCCUACAACAUUAUAUGCUUCUCAUUGGCAAUAUGACAGUGGCCCUAUCUUUAUUGUUCUGACUGCCGCACCGACCCAAUUUUUCCUCGUUAACAGAACUCGGAAAAUGUUGGGACGCCAGCACCCUAUCCUUGCCAAUUGUAUCUUUGCGCUCGCCUGUACUCUUGGGUUCGUCCAGGUGUUUUUAGGGCUGUAUAUGUCUGGCAGUCUUCUCGCUCUUGACGCUAGCGGCACCGCGACCACGGCGGGCUACGUGAAAUUUGUACCCGUCGCCGUGGCCUGGGAGUCGGUUGCGAUUGCGACGGAUAUGACGGUAAUGAUAACCCUCGUUGCAACGCUCAUGUACAGAAGAACUGGUUUCAAGCAGACGGAUUGGAUGGUAUACAAUCUCGUUUUGGUUGCCAUUGAAUGCGCUUUACCUGUCACUCUCUUUACUAUUGGACAUAUCACCGGAGUUGUUGCUAGUCCUACGACAGCAAUCCACCAAUUGUUCGCCUGGUCGCAAGCGCGCUUAUACUCAAACACCUUGUUCCUCAACCUGAACGAACGUAGCAAGCUUCGUCGGGGUCAGGAUGCCACUAGCCACGGUUCCAGUAAUGUUAAGGAGGUCAACUUCCUCAGUGCUAUGGAGCGCGGUACCGGUCGGAACGCAAGCAGGCCUCAGGUUCACAUUGAUGUCACUCGGGAAGAACACUAUGUGAUGCAGUCGAUGUCCAACAAAGGGGACGAUUCUGACUUCAAACCCACCCCUCCCGUUUAA